AUGAAGAGGGUUGAAGGUAAGAGCUCCUUUAAAGGGUCUCCAUCAUCUUCUCUUGGCAGUGAAGAAUACCCUUCACAGCCAUCUCAUAUGAUCAGAGUUUCUAAGCAGCGUAUGGAUGACAAGUUGCCGGAGAUAAGCUUGAUUCGCUUGAAGUCGCCCGUAGUUAGGCCGUACGUUCGAUCAAAAAUGCCUCGGCUUCGGUGGACGCCUGAGCUUCAUCACUGCUUCGUCCAUGCGGUUGAACGUCUUGGAGGAGAAGACAGAGCUACUCCAAAGAUGGUUUUACAAAUAAUGAAUGUGAAGGGCCUUACCAUAUCGCACGUAAAGAGCCAUCUUCAGAUGUAUAGAAGCAUGAAGCAUGAGCAGAUGAUACAAGAAGCAGCUAUGGCAGCAAAGAAGAAUGAUAAGGGGCAGGGUAUCCCAGAAGCAAGUUGCUUCUCGUGCCUAGAAAGAGGUUGUUGCCAACAAAAUCAUCAGGAAAAGAACAAGGGAUUGGUUGAUAACCACGCGUUCUGGUUCAGAAGCAGCAGUGCUGAGAGUUAUUGCAAAGAAGAACUUGCUCUCAAGAGUACUACAAGCAUGGCAGCCGCCCAAUGGGUGGAGAAGCAAGAAGUGUGGAUGUCAAAGAAAGUGACGGAGUCAUUACCAUGCCAAGGUAUAAUAAAAAAAGCGUGGGAGGAGAAAUCAAAUUCUUACAUCAUCUUCAAGGAACUGCUCAGGAGCUGCGCUACUGAUCAAGGGAGCAAUGAGCAAAAAAGAGUCUUACCAGGCGCUGCCGGUAGCAAGAGCAAUCAUCAAACAUUGGAAACAUUGACAGAGAAUAUAGAGCGAAUGGAUGACUGCAAAAUCUCUUUAUCGUCAAUGAACUCAAAAGCGUCCGGCCAGUCAUUGUUGAAGCUGAACAAAAAAAGUGAUGUCUCUCUUGAGCUCACUCUUGCUUAAAAUCAUGCGCAUAAUCAUAUAU